UGCCCUAGGGCGUCAUAAACUGAUGUGCCAAAAACGUAGCGUGAGACGAGGACAGACUGACAGACCAAAAACGACACCUUCAGUCUCCGCCCCUUCAGAAUCUUCACAACUGUUGAGCAGGGUUUAUCAGAUGCUUUCCUACCAACCUCUAGUGCAUAGCAAUUGCAAGGCAGCUAGUGGGCGUUCCUUCCAUUCCAAGUUGCAUAGCAAUUACCGGGAACCUGAAGCAAAGCAUCAGCAGGAGGAUGUGCAGCAGAUACGUGAUGAUGAGAAGGGAAUUUCAGGUGUAACACAUGGAAUAGAAGGCGUAUUCUGCUGGAGCUAGGAAUCUCAAGUUGGUAAGCCAAAUAACAAAUCUCCUCGGUGAUUGUGUAAGGACCAUAGUACUUGGAGGACAGUUUAUGCUUUGCUCUUCUGACGACAGAUGACUGAACGUAUGGUUGCAGCUUAAGGAAAAUUCUCUUAUCAACAGUGAGCGAAAGUGCAGUUGUAUUUUUGCCUACCUGGGAUUUCAUGCGACAAUGAGCCCAGAAUAGAUGCUAUCUUACUGAAUCAACAACCAAUGCCCCUUGUAAAAGCCACUCAGUGAUGUCCUCUCCCCAUCCUGAAAAAAGUAUCGCUCCCGUGCGGCUCCUCUAGCUGCACUGGCGCGCCCAACUCCGGCCCCUGCCGGUUCCCUCCCCACCUCCAUCCUUCCUUGGCACCGCCAGAGGGCAUGGCCGGGCGAAGCCUGGUCAGUGCCCACGCUGGUGGGGCUCUCUCGUCCUCCCACAUGGUCGACCAUCACUGACGGUCGCAAAUGUCAGAGAUGAAGAAUCCCGACAAUUUGGUGUAAUGCACUUGGGGACGAAGGGAGGAUCGAGCAUCACCGACGGUCGAAUAUAUCAGAGAGGGAGUGCCCACCAUAUACACCACAUGAGAUGAGAGUUUUCAAGGAAGACUCGACAGACUGAAAGUCAACCCGUGAUGAAUAUUCAGAAGUUUAAUCUUUAAAUUUUGAACACAGGAGAUGUCUGAUGAUGAUAGGAUCCCGGAGUACGAUUAUUGCUACGAUGACCGGGGUUUGUGCGACGACUAUCCUCACCUGCAAAAUGAUAGGUUUUUCAUCGUGAAGCUGGACGAGACCUUUGAUGUUUGUACGUACACCCCGUGCCAUGCAAGACCAUAUGUAUUGCAGAAGCUCGAUUUCAAAGACUUUGAGAAUACGGAGACGAGGAGGGCUCACUUAAGAACUAAACAUGGUUAUGUGUUUCUGGUUAAGCUGUUCAAUAUGUACAAUCACUCCCAUUUCGGUUGCUCUAAUUGGGAAGCUCUCUGCAACUCAUAUGGAUUUGACGAGGGUAUGCAAAUAACAUUUGAUGUUCGUCCCGAAGAUGAUGAUGAUAAUAUCGAUAUCUGGGUGGAUGUGGAUAUGCCUUCAGUUUUGCCUAAAUCUUAUUUCGUAUCUUCCAAAAAUACUCGAGAGGCUGUAGACAGGACAUACUACAGCUAUGACUCCGAGCUUAAUUGUGAGGAGAAAGGUUAUCUUGUCUCAUUCAUAGAUGAUGUUGAGGCCUUUAAAACCAAUCAUUUUAUCCUCCCAAAUUUUACUCGAUACGUGCCACUAGUGCAUAAAUUGCAUGAUGGUAACUUCAUUGCCAAAAACUUGGUAAGAUUUUGUUAA